AUCUAUACUGUCAAUGCCUUGACACGUUUAAUGAAGUUUGUAUUAUUUAAAACGAAAUUGCUUAUACAGCAAAAAACAAAAUGAAUCUACCAGAAAUAAAGGCUUAUGAGGAACAAGCAAUAGAUACAGUUGUGUCCGUGAUAAACAGGGCAACAGAGAAGAUAGGAACAAGACUCAAUUUGUUCCAACUUGCACUGAGCCGAAAAAACCUCGCUUCGCAUGUGAAGGUGUCACUGGGCAGCAUCGGAACUCCUUUGCCGAUAACGAGCGAGAGAUUCAUCGGCAAGACCAUCGAGAGAGUAUGGAAGUUGACCGACGCGUUCAUGUACACGUUGAAGUAUUUGGGCGGCUCGCAAGACGAAUGCUCGCAGUUUUAUUACUUCGAGGCGAUCUUCAGUCAGCCAUGUACAGCGUACCCGAUCCCGCAAGCAACCGUAUCCGUGUUCUUCAGGAUUGAGGACAAACACAUUGAGCCUCUGGAAAUACGUGGAGUACCGCGGAUGUGGUUCCGCAUCGAGGGUCAACAGGUAGACCACGACGUGCAGUUUGUAGCCCUAACUGCAGACUGGAUCUUGGCCGUACUCCAGAUGAAGAUGAAGUUGUUCCAGAGAAUUGAGAAGAUUCAACUGUUUUGAUUGAAAUAUAAAUUAUACGUGCAUGAUGGAGCACGCAAUAAAAAAAGGUUUUUCAUUUUUCGAUCCAUUUGGAUUUAUGAUAGUCAUAGUCAUUAUAGUCAUGAAUCAUAGUCAUAGUCUUACUAGAGAAGCUUGAUAUUCUCAACUAUUUAAUUAAUAAGUAAUAAAGUAAAUUAAAGCUAAGUAUAAAGA